UCCGCUCUGGACGCGAUCGCGCACGCCCACGGAUCACGGAGGAUCGCGAAGCAUCGGUCUUCGAUCGGCGGCUGACAGCACCCGACUGACGACACUGCCCGACCCGCAUCGAGUGCACCCAAGACGCGUCGGAAGACCCAACGGAAAGGACCCAACGGAAAGGGCCUAUCGGGCCGCGGAACGGCUCUAGCCGCAUCUCUCUCGCGCUCGCACGACCCCGACUCGCAGGAGCGAGCGAGACGUCGCGCCGCGAGCACGUCAGCUGAUCCGGCGCACCGCUCCGUGACACCUCGCGGACCCAGCGCAGGACACCAGCCAUGGCCACUUACGCCGCGUACAGGCACGUCGAGCUCGACAACGUCGGCUACGGCAAGAAGAGGGUGCUGAAGCCCCCUGGUGGCGGAAGUAGCGACAUCUUCGGGGCCGGGCCCGAGGAUGCGAAUCCCCGGCGCGUGAAGAACCACAAUCAGUCCCAGCUGGGGUCGGCGAUUUUCGGGGACUCGAACGGGCCCAGCGCAGGCAACGGCCAGGACACCCCCCGAGCCUCCAAGCCCGGUAAUGAUUCGUACAGUCGUCUGUUUGGUCCUCCCGAUGCCCCACCCACCCCAAACUCGAAAAAUCACAUGCGCAGCCAUAUCUCCCUCAGCGGGGAGAGCCCGGGGGCAUCUUCCCCCGCGAAAAGCACCAAUUCCAGCACCGGCAAUCUCAAUGGCCUUACCAAUGGCAACGGCGCCAACAACAACGACAUAUCGGGAGGAUCGUCCUGCAUGCCGCGCAACCCGGUCACCGGAGACGGAGUUUACGUCACGCCCGUGAGGCGGUCCACCCGAAAGAGUAGAGACGGUAACCCGGUAACCGGGACUGGUUACGGAGCCGAUCAGCAGAACACCAUCGGGACGCUCGUGCAGAAUGGAAACGGAAACGCAACGACUAACGGCACGGAGAAGUCGAACGAGUCGUCCCCGGGAUCAGGGCCCAGGACCCAGGGCCGUACCCGCGUGCCCCCCGGUGGCUUCUCUUCAGGGCUGUGGUAAAGGGAGGAAGGCCAAAAGAGAAGGAAUCGCGCGGCUCCCGACACCUGUCCGCGUCCCCGGCACAUCCCCGACCUGCCCUGGCCGAUCGACCCUGACCUUGGAAUAGAAAAGGAGAGAAAGAGAGAGAGAGAGAAUAAAAAGAAAACAACAAAAUGAAAUCCCCUCCCUCGGAGACGCGAGGACUCCGGUCGCCGUCUCGCGGCCAGGAAGUAUUCGCCCCUUUACCGGUCUUCGUCUAUGCUUUCGGUUCGCAAAUUAGUGGACCGUCACGUUAAAAGGGAAAUAACGAAAGAGGAAAGAACUAGGAAAAGUACGAGUUAAUAUUAAAUGAUAAUUGUACGGGCCCGUCAUUGCCCGCGGUGACGUCGAUCGAGGUUCAAUCGUGAACGAGAUCAAUGCGAACCGGGCGAAUCCCGAUCGAUCGGUAUAUUUAACCGACGUACACUUAGGACGCAUUUAAAUGUCUCGCGCGGUCGCUCCGUUUGUUUGUUUGUUUUAUUUUUUUUUUUUCCGUUUUUUAAAUGGCCACGAUUGCGAGGUGUGUGUUCCCGCGAGCGAUUGAGAGAACCUUUAGGAGAUAGAGACUUAGAGAGAACGAGAGAGAUUGUAUGACGAGUGUGAAUCCUUUUUGUUCGUUUUCUUUUCGGCCGAGUCGGAAUUGUAUAUUUAGGAUAGAUUGUUUCACGAGGUAAAUAAAAAACAAACGCUCACGAUUACGAGUGAAAGAGAAAGAAAGGAGCAGUGCUUUCUUGAUUCCGUGCCUUUUUCACGUCUCUUAGCUUAGAUUUGGCUCUUAGGAAGGAGGGGAAACCAAAAAAAAAAAAUGAAAGAAAGAAUGGGAUAGCAUGGCUCGAAACGGCGCGAAAACGGACGCCCUUUCGAUCGAGGGAGUUGCGCGCGCACGCGCGUCACAUUUAACGAUAAUCACACGAAAUAACUGUUAAGCACUCAACUAUUAUCGAUCGUUGCCUUUUCCGUCGAUAUAUCAUCGAUAUAAUCACCGUCGAUUCCGUCGAUAUAAUCACAGACCCUAACCGCAAGAAAUCGCCGACUGAAAGCGAUCGGCGAAUGUCCCGCUCGGCAAAUAACUCUACUCUUACGUCCUUCGCUCCGCUUUUUUAUAUCACCAAUCCACCCUUUGUAUUAACUAUUGAAUGGUAUUUAUUUUACUACGAGAUUUUAUGUGUAUCACACUUUCGUUUAUCCACACACACUCCCCCCUUUUGCCCCUUUUGCGUAAGUUUCUUUUCAUCGUUUUGGUGUGAGUAAAAUUAUGUAGCUCGUAUGAAACGUUCACGAGAUUUCACCGUAAAUGUCCUUUUUGUACUCUGGCAUUACUCAAUAAACCAUUUUGUAAGCAGAA